CGCAAGCAGCAGCAGCAGCAGCAGCAGCAGCGCUCUCGCAACGUCCCCGCCCCUCAGCAGCUCCGUGAGUGGUACUUGCAGCGUCAGCGUGGUGGGGCGUUUGGUCCCUGCACCUACGUCCUUCGCAUCGGCGACCGCGCGGGUGAGCAGUGUGGGGGCACCCACACCGCCCGCCGCUGCUUUGCCCGCCUGACCGACGCUUGGCGCCAGCAGUUUCCGGAGGCCUCUGAGAUCCCCCGCUGGGGAGAGCUGUCUAGGGCUGGUGUAGCUAUCUUUGAUCUUGACUUUGAUGCUAUUCUUGCUGCCAUGUAUGCUGUGACUGUUAGUGACGAGGGUGACUGUUACCGGUGUUUCCCGCCCGACCCGGGCAUUGGUACUGCUGCGUCAGGUGCCAGUGAGGCUGCUGCUCUAGGUGCCAGUGCGUCCGUGCUCUCAGGUACUGGUGAGUCUGCACUCUCAGGUAUUGUGUUGGCUUCGGCCUCUCACACCUUCACCCUUGACUUUGGAGCGUCUCGUUCUUUCUUUCGGGACCGCACCACUCUCACGCCGCUUAGUCGGCCGGUUGCGGUGUCCCUGGCUGACCCCUCUGGGGGUCCUGUCCUGUCUCGUUUCUCCACAGUCCUCCCGUGUCCGGCGGCUCCCUCUGGCACCCUGACUGGUCUUUACCUCCCCUCGUUCUCUACGAACCUGGUGAGUGGUGCUGACCUACAGGAUGCGGGUGUCCACCAGUUCUUUCCUGCUCGUCAGCGGGUGUUUGCUGCAGCGUCCAGGUCUGGUCCUAAGUCUGCCCCCUGUUCGUGUCGCCGUCUGUCCCACGAGACCCUCUUCUGGCACCACCGCCUUGGCCACCCCUCUCUGCUUCGGCUCAGAGGCAUGGCCUCCCGUCUUCUUGUGUCUGGUCUCCCCCGGUCCCUCCCUCCCCUUCCUCAGGGCCCUGGCCCUGCCUGUGUCCCCUGUGUCGAGGGGCGCCAGUGGGCUGCCCCUCACUCCUCCCAGUUUCCUCCGACAGAGGCUCCGUUGCAGACGCUUCACAUGGACGUGUGGGGCCCUGCCCGCGUCCGUGGACUCGGUCACGAGCGCUACUUCCUGUUGGUGGUGGACGACUACUCGCGUUACACCACAGUCUUCCCCUUGCACAGCAAGGGUGAUGUCACUGAGGUGCUGAUCGACUGGAUCCGCGCAGCUCGUCUCCAGCUCAGGCAGAGCUUUGGCUCGGACUUUCCUGUGUUGCGUCUGCACUCGGACAGAGGCGGAGAGUUCUCCUUUGGCCUUCUGCGUGCCUACUGUAGUGCGCGAGGAAUUCGCCAGACCUUCACGCUUCCGAACUCACCGCAGCAAAAUGGGAUUGCAGAGCGCCGCAUUGGCAUGGUCAUGGACGUCGCUCGUACGUCUAUGAUGCAUGCGGCUGCCCCCCAUUUUCUGUGGCCGUUUGCUGUCAGGUACGCGGCGCAUCAGAUCAACCUCCACCCCAGGGUCUCCAGGCCGGAGACCUCCCCAGCCCUGCUGUGGACGGGGAAGGUUGGCGAUGCGUCGACGUUCUGGGUCUGGGGAUCUCGGGCGUUUGUCCGCGACUUGUCUGCGGACAAGCUGUCCCCUCGCGCUGCUCCCUGCGUCUUCCUGGGGUUCCCCCCCGACACCCCUCGGUGGCAGUUCUACCACCCCACCUCUCGCCGUGUUCUGUCCUCCCAGGACGUCAUGUUCGACGAGUCGGUACCCUACUACCGCCUCUUCCUCUACCGCACUCCGUCCCUCCCCCCACCCCCGCUCGUCUUGGUACCAGGUCCCCCCCCGGUAGACCCCCUCCCCCCUCAGAGUCCUGCCCCUUCUGGUGUGUCCCAGGUAGACGCGGUUGAGCCUGUCGAGGUCACUGGUGACUCUGGUGCUGCUGAGGGUGCUGAGCCUGGGGGUGCUGUGCCUGGGGGUGCUGAGCCUGGGGGUGCGGGGUCUGGGGGUGCUGAGUCUGGGGGUGCUGAGCCUGGGGGUGCUGAGCCUGGGGGUGCUGAGCCUGGGGGUGCUGAGCCUGGAAGUGCUACGCCUGGAGGUGCUUUGCCUGGGGGUGGUGAGCCUGGAGGUUCUUCGCCUAGAGGUUCUCCGGGUGCUUCGCGUGCUGCUGGUGCUGGAGGCUCUUAUGCUGCUGAGGGUGCUGCUGCCGCGGGUCCCGGAGGUGCUCGUACCGGGAGUACUGGAGCUGCUGGGCCUGCAGGUUCGCCUGGAGCUGGUGCUGCUGAGGGUGUUGGCGCUGAGACUACCACUAGUGGUUCGACUGGCCGUGCUCCUGGUGCUGCUGGAGGUUCUAGGACUACUAGAGGAGCUGCUGGGAGUUUUGGAGCUACUGGAGGUGCUGCUGGAGGUGCUGCUGGAGCGGGUACUCCUGCUGGGGGUACUGGUGCUGUCCCUGCUGUUUCUGGCGUCGCCACGCGGCCCCGACCGUACUUCGUACCACUCCUGCAGCAGGUUCUUGGUCUUCCACCUUCUCCUGGUCCUCCUCCUCCUCCCAUAGAGGGUCCACAGCCUGUCCAGUCACAGCUACAGCCUGCCUCCCCUUUGCCUGCUCCUCCUCCCUACGCUGGUCCGACUGGAGGUCUUACUGAGCGUCGUGAGCCUGCGUCUCGUCCUGCGUCGCCUGUUCGUACUGCGCGCGCUAGUGGUCGCGGUUCGCGUCAGCGUCCGCCUCCUGUCCCUGGCACGCACCGGAUGUCUCUGCGUCCGUCCACUGCUCCUCUACGUGCCCCUUUGCCUUCUCCUCCUUCUUCCUCUCUUCUUGCUCUUGCCGACCCGGAGUCGGACUCUCUUCGUGCUGCCAGUCCUACUGUCACGCGUCUCCUUGCUACUGCUGUCACUGACCCUUCUUUCGAGUCUUCUGCUGCGUCUGCCCUUGUGACUGAGCUCGUCGACUUUGCUGCGCGCUGUCGUCUAGACUACGCUGCUGGUCUUGUCGCUGAGUCUGAGUCUACCUGUCCUCCGUCCGUCGGGGGUGAGUGUGCCCUUGGCACGGACGUCCUUGAGGACAGGCAGGAGGAGUUCCAGUGUUUGGCCGCCGCUUCACCUCAUCUCGCGUCUGUACUGCUAGCCCCUGAGGGAGACCCGGAUGCACUAGACAUCCCGACUCCGCGCUCUUACGCAGAGGCGAUAGAGGGUCCCUACUCCUCUCAGUGGCAGGCAGCUAUGGAUGCAGAGAUGACUUCCUGGAAGUCCACAGGCACCUACGUUGACGCUGUUCCCCCUCCUGGGGCGAACAUCGUCAGUGGCAUGUGGAUCUUCAGGGUGAAGCGGCCGCCGGGUUCUCCGCCUGUCUUCAAGGCGCGGUACGUGGCUCGUGGUUUCAGUCAGCGGCAAGGAGUUGACUACUUUCAGACCUUCUCCCCCACCCCGAAGAUGACCACUCUUCGGGUACUGCUGCACGUUGCUGCUCACCGUGACUACGAGCUGCACUCUCUCGACUUCAGCACUGCUUUCUUGCAGGGCAGCCUGCACGAGGAGAUUUGGCUACUCUCCGCCAGGCGCCGCGUGAGUGGCACGACACACUGA